AUGUCUCUGGCGUCCAACAGAUUGAGUAUCAGAUACCUAGAUGACUUAGCCGCUGGCGAGAAGUCGCCCGCAAAAGAAGCGCCCACGGCGGCCCCGGAAUCGUUCCAAAACGACCACAAGAAGCCGGCUUCCUCGCAUCAAAAAACCCACCAGCACUCGAAGGAAAAAGUCGAGCAAAACGAGCUGUCGAACGAUGCUUCCAACGAGACGUCGGACUGCGAAAACGCCAACCCCCAGAACCCGCUCACCUCGACGAAUCUAGCGGCACAGAAUCACGCCGGCUCGGACCCCACCUCCAAAACCGCGUUGCCGAAGAAGUUCUUCUGCAAAGUGUGCAACCAGGGCUUCACGAGAAAGCACAACAUGGUCAGCCACGAGAUGAUCCACACCACCAUCAAGCUACAUCGGUGCGUCAACUGCAACCUCCUGUUCCGCCGGAUCCAUGACUUGAAGCGCCACGAGAAACUCCACACCGGCGAGAGGCCGUUCCACUGUGAAAGCUGCGACCGCAGCUUCGCCAGGCCCGAUGCGCUCACGCGGCACUUGAACUCCCCACAUGCUUGC